GAAUUGGCCCUCAUUUUUCCAAUUCUUUUGACCUACCAACUGUUACUCUUUAACUUCCCUAAUGCUGCUUGUUCUCCAAGUAUAGAUUGUUUUCGAUAUUGGGGGUUCAUCAAUUUGAUCUCAUUCCAAAACCCUCAAGAAAUUCCUUAGGAAAAACCAUGAACAAUGGCGAAAAUCGGCGAUUAAAUGGUGAGGCCGAAGAAGAAGACGAUGAUGACGAUGCCAAUGGCGGAAUGGCGGCCUGGGAAAGGACUUAUGCCGAUGAUAGGUCGUGGGAAGCCCUACAAGAGGACGAGUCUGGGCUUCUUCGGCCGAUUGACAAUAAGGCCAUUUUCCAUGCCCAAUAUCGCAGACGUCUUCGUUCACUUUCUUCCUUAGCAACCACUGCUCGAAUUCAAAAGGGUCUUAUUCGCUAUCUCUAUGUCGUCAUUGAUUUCUCCAGGGCAGCAGCGGAAAUGGAUUUUCGACCGAGUCGAAUGGCUGUGGUUGCAAAACAUGUGGAAGCUUUUGUCAGGGAAUUCUUUGACCAAAAUCCUCUCAGUCAGAUUGGUUUGGUGACUAUAAAGGAUGGAGUUGCUCAUAGCUUAACAGAUCUUGGUGGGAGUCCUGAGUCCCAUGUUAAAGCAUUAAUGGGGAAACUGGAAUGCUCAGGUGAAGCAUCCUUGCAGAAUGGUCUGGAUCUUGUUUGUGGCUAUCUAAAUCAAAUACCAUCAUAUGGGCAUAGAGAAGUUUUAAUCUUAUACUCUGCUCUCAAUUCCUGUGAUCCUGGAGAUAUAAUGGAGACAGUUCAGAAAUGCAAAACAUCUAAAAUAAGGUGUUCAGUAAUUGGUCUUACUGCUGAACUUUUUAUAUGCAGACAUCUCUGUCAGGAAACCGGUGGCUCGUACUCGGUCGCAUUGGAUGAGUCCCAUUUCAAAGAGUUGCUAUUAGAGCACGCACCUCCACCCCCAGCAAUAGCAGACUCUGCAAUGCCUAAUUUGAUCAAGAUGGGGUUUCCACAAAGAGCAGGGGAGAGUUCUAUUGCGAUUUGUUCGUGUCACAAGGAAGCUAAAGUUGGAGGGGGCUAUACUUGCCCUCGAUGCAAAGCUCGAGUUUGCGAGCUGCCAACUGAGUGUCGAAUUUGUGGAUUGACACUUAUUUCUUCACCUCAUUUGGCUAGGUCGUACCAUCAUCUCUUUCCGAUUAUACCAUUUGAUGAAGUUUCUGAUAAACUAUUUCAUGAUCCACGACAUCAACUACCGAAAGUUUGCUUUGGCUGCCAAGAAAACUUCACAAACCCUGGUACAGGUAACAGCCCAGGCAUCCGAGUUUCUUGCCCAAAGUGCAAACAACACUUCUGUCUUGAUUGUGAUAUUUAUAUUCACGAGAGCUUGCACAAUUGCCCUGGCUGUGAGAGUUUCAGACGUCCCAAAUCAGCGACUUCCGAUGAUUGAACGGAUGCGAACUUCUGAUGGUUAAACAUGUUCCUUUGGACCGAAUGCAUACCCUUAACCAAAUCCAAACUCUAUUAUGGCCAUGUCAAUGCUGUCUGUUCAUUUGGGUUAAAGCUGUUAUGAGUUUUGUACCAAGUUUCAUGUAUGUCCUAUGAUGAAUCAGAGGCUCACUUUGUUACUGUUGAAGUUGUCUUUGAUGUCUCGACAGACAGCUCAACCAGAGGCCAAGUUCAUGGGUGCGGCUUUUUUACACUUGAACCCAUUGUUGAAAUUGGCUAAAAGUUGGUUCUGAGAAUAAGAUUUCACAAAAAACUAACAGGCCGCUCAGUUUCGUAGGAAGGCCGAUUUCCAAUGGUUUUACUUGUAGUGUACUCAAAAUUGAACCCCCAGUAGGCAAUUCCCAUUUUCAUUUUCAUAAUGACGUGCAGGAGCUUUAUAUUGUCUGAUUA